AUUAUUAUCCUUAAGUAAGUCACCUGCCCAUGCUUACACAAUAGAUAAACCGAAAAUACAAGGGAGGCACCUUCAUGGACCUUAAUUUCAAGUUCUGCAAAGUGAGUGGAUUAGACUAGAUUCAGGAAUUCUUUACCUAGGGUCCGUUGACCCCCAAAGCGUUUAUAAACUUAGAUAGGAAAAAUUACAUAUUUAUUUUCACUAACCUUUUAACUGAAAUUUAGCAUUUCCUUACAUUAUUUAAAAAAAUGAUUCAUAGAAGGUUUCACUAGGCUGUGAAAGGGGUUAACACAAAAAAGUUAAGAAUCCCUAAGAACAUUACUAUUUAGACCGAUGAGACACUGAGACUUUCUAGUUGUGCUGCCCUGAAUAAGACACAACUUUUUUCUGACUUAGUUUCCUUAGUUGUCAAGUAUGGAUAAUAUUCAUAGCAGCACCCAACUCCCACUGUUGUGGGAAUAAAAUGAGAUGAUAAAAGUGUCCCAAAAGUCUUUGUGAAGUUUUAAAUUUUAUUAGCUCACCCUUCACUUUUGUAAAUUGCUCUGCAAACCUUAAAGUAGCAUAUGCUAGCCCCAGUCCACUUUAUUCCCAGCUCUGUGUGGGUGCCAAAUUUGAAGUCACAGAUACUGGGUUCCAAUCUUAUCACUUCUGUGACUUUAGGCAGGUCACUUAGCGUCUGCAUUUUGGAUGGUUCCUUUGUCCUAUGACUUUAGUCUUUCAUAAUUCUUCCUCAUCACUUCUCUACACCCAGGGACAUCCUUCCAUUCAGCUUUUUUCGGAUUUUCAAACUCAGGCUGGCUUCAAGGUACUCACUGGGGAAAUGAGGACAGGCAGGAAUGUUUGGGGAAACCACCACAUUUAAUCUGGGCUGAUAAUCUAUUUUUAAAAUGAGCCGUAGAGCAAAAUGACUUACAAAUGUAAACAGUCAUUCCAUGUAAUAUCCUUGUUGUGAGUAGGCUGCAGUGUAUUUGCGAUGGCCUCAUCUAACAAGUAGCAUAACAGAAAUCCUAGAUGACAUCUACUUUAUUGCCUGGAGAAGGUGAGCCGGUCACGUGAGAGCUGGGGAAUAACAAGAUGGUGUUUUGCUAAUCCCAGAAAUAUUCAAGGAGAGCUCUCUAGGACCCUCCUAAAGUCACUUCCAUACCACCUUGGUGCAAAGCUUCGAAUCAUUCCCCACUCCAGUCUAUCCCACGCUCAGCUGUCUAAGUGAAUUUUAUAAAGUAUGAUCUGACCAAGUUACCUUAAUUUCAGUAAAUUCCUGUGGUCCCUAUUUAAAUUGAAAACACUGUUUGACCUUUGAAGCCCUGCGCAUCUAGGCUUCUUCCGACCUUCCCAGCCUCCUAAAGCUUUAUUCCCCCUCACUUCCCCCCCUCUACCCCCCACCAUCUUUGAUCCAGACACAAAGACCUUAUUUGCUUUCUCUAAUACACACUCCAUCCCAUUCCCUCGCCUUUUCACUGGAUUACACCUCCCACCCACACCCCCGCAAGCGGUCCCAGCGCUUUUCCUCCUCCUGGCUUCCCAGUCCUCCCACUGACCUACUUCUAGAGGUCUUUCCCCGUCUCCCCCGUCUUUUGGUCUUUCUUUUUGAAACUCCAGUGCACAGCACAGGGCCCGACACAUAGUAAAUGCUGGUUGAUUGCUUCCCAGAUGCAGGAGAUCCCCCUUCGACCUCUCGGCCUUGGUACCCAGGAGGCCAAGAGCGUUCUCUCCUUACUCCACCCACCUGUUAGAUUCCGCCCCAAUCUGCAGUCCCAAGGGCUGGGCCGGCAGGUGCACCCCCCGCCUUCCCCCACUUCCAGCUUCGGAUAGCCCAGGAACCUGAGUAGGGGGAACCUGCAGGGGCUGGGGCGUGGAGGUGGGGAUGUUAGAGUGGGAGGAGGAGGAGAAAAAGGAGGCGGAGGAAGGGAAGAGGUAGCGCGGGGAGGAGUUUGCUAACUUUCAGUUUAAGGGCAUUGUGGGAAACAACUAUGGUCUGAGACGGCUUCACCUGUCACCUCGGCAGCUUGCUGCUCCUGGAGGGGCGGCGGCCGUCGGCGCGUCCGGCUUCUGGUCCGUCCUGUCCGGCAGCCCCGCAGGGAGGUGGGCGGCAGCUUUGGCCCCUGCCAACAUGAUCCAUUUCAUAUUGCUGUUCAGUCGACAAGGGAAAUUAAGGCUGCAGAAAUGGUAUACCACACUCCCUGAUAAAGAGAGAAAAAAGAUCAUCCGAGAAAUCGUACAGAUGAUUCUGUCUCGUGGUCAAAGAACGAGCAGUUUUGUUGACUGGAAGGAUCUAAAAGUUGUUUAUAAAAGAUAUGCUAGCUUAUAUUUUUGCUGUGCGGUAGAAAAUCAGGACAAUGAACUGUUGACACUAGAAAUUGUACAUCGCUAUGUGGAAUUACUAGAUAAGUAUUUUGGAAAUGUCUGUGAGCUGGAUAUUAUAUUUAAUUUCGAAAAGGCAUAUUUUAUCCUUGAUGAGUUUAUAAUGGGUGGAGAAAUCCAGGAAACCUCAAAGAAAACUGCUGUCAAGGCUAUAGAAGACUCUGAUAUGUUGCAAGAGACAAUGGAAGAAUACAUGAGCAAGCCUGCGUUUUAACUGAAAAAUCUACUUGACAACCCCAUAAUGCUGCAUGUCAUAAUCUACAAAACUUCAGCUGGAUGUGGUUAUUUUCUUAUGUGCCAGAGCCUUAUGCCAAAAAUAACUUAAAUGGAUUGUGUGUGAAACUUCUUGGAUACUUUGGGAUACUGUGCUCAGCUAGCAAGACUUAAAAAUAUAGUAUACUUGUAACAGGUGCAUAUUUCUAUUUUUCUCUGUAUAUGGAUUCUCUCAACUGUGGAACUUAAAACAACCAUCAUUCAGUAGACUUACAUAUUUUGUUUGUACAAUGAUCUUUACCAGCAAAGCAAUAAUUUUAAAAUAUUUUUGAGAAAUGAGCUGUGCUGUAUUUUUGCUAGUAUUGUCAAAGAACAAGUUGGCAACUAUUUUGUAAAAAUAUUAUGAAUGUACUGCCUAUUUUGGACUAAUAUAAUACUUUUUUCUCCUAACUACAUAGUUCUUUUUUAAAAUUAUGAUUUCAUAAUAUGUCAAAGUAAUAGAAAAGGACAGUCAUUAGACAACUGUAGGUAUAUUAUAGAUAUGUAUGUGGGGUAUAUAACACAUACAUGUAUAGAUCCCCUCCCCCCAUGUAUGUAUGUAUGUAUAGAUAUAUUUAUAUGUAAGAUUUCAGCAAAUUUUCAGCCCCUUAUAGCAGCAAACUUGACUAUCUUAUCCUGAAUUUUUUUUUUUUUGGACUUAACUUUGGGGAAAUAAAAGCAAAAAAGCACAACUACCUAUCAUUAAAAACAGAAAUGAAAAUCUUCAGGAGCAGCUGUCUAGGAUAAAAUUAUUCUAAUAAAAUUGUGACAAUCAGAAUUGUAAAAUAUAUGAAGUAUCCCAAUUUGUAUUUUCAUAAAAAUCACAGAAUUUCAGAUUAGGAAGGAAUUAGCUGACCAUUUAGUCCCACCUAUACUCCAAACUUACCCAUUUAUAAAAAUGUUUUUUAUAGCUUAUUUUUUAAUUAUUCAAAUCAUUUAUGUGACAGUGUCUAUGACUUCUCUUGAGAUGUGAUAAGGUGAUUGAGCUAGCUUCCCUAAUGCACACAGUAUAAUACCCUGGGACUCCAAUCAAUUCUUGCUGUUGACUGUGGUGUCAAGACUUGUCUCUUUGGAUGCAUAGAGAAUUCAUGUCCAUCAAAAUGAGACACUUGCAUACCCAAGGGUAGGAAAAGCCUCUAGUUAGUAAAUAUUUUGUAAUUUUCAAUCACAGUUUUCUAACAUCUUAGGACAUUUCUGCCUUUUAAUUUGUACCAAGUGUUUUCCUUAAUACCUGGACAGUGUUAGUCUGGAGGUCUAAGUUCACUCAUAUUGCAGUGAUAAGAGGGACAAUCAUGGUCAGUUUUCCUGGGAGAUGAAUCUGCCUACUAUGUGGGUAUCUUAGGAAAUUUUGGAUGGGAUGACUUCUAAAAGAAUUUACUAACACUACAAAUUAUUUUUUGUCUGCCUUAGACAAGCACACACAUUUAUUAAACAAAUUCCUGGUUGAUAAAACAAAAACAUAGUUGGUAACGUAAAUUAAUAGUUUGUUUCCCCUUUGCCCCCAAAUUAAUACCAUUUAUAAAUAAUAGCUCUAGAAAUGCUUACUGAUUUUCAUAUAUUUCCUUGAGUCAUCACUUAACCUCAAUCAACGUAUCAAGCUGAGAUUUUGCUUGAUCUGUUUUUCGUCACUUGUUGUACUUGGAGUAUUUGUUGUUCAGUUUUAUAGUAAAAAAAAAAAAAAUCAUCAUCCAGGGUUUUACUAUUUAAAGAAAAUAAAGGUGAAAUUUUGCAAA